AUGUCCGGCCGUGGCGGAGGUGGCGGUCGCAAAGUCCUCCUACCCCCAAUCAAUUUCAUCUUCAAGCUCCUUCAACAACGCAGCACAGUCCAAAUCUGGCUAUACGAGCAACUCGGGAUACGGAUCGAAGGGAAGAUCCGUGGCUUCGACGAGUUUAUGAACCUGGUCAUUGACGAGGCGGUGGAGGUCAAGCAGCCGACAAAGGCGGACCCGGAGCCGGAGAACCCGAGGCGAGAGCUAGGGCAAAUAUUGCUGAAAGGGGAUAAUGUUUGUUUGAUUCAGAGCCUGAGUUAG